AACGCACCGACCUUUGGGAAACCCCGGUGGAAGGCAAAAGCUGAAGAGAGAGAAAGUUGUAGAGAGAGAAAGAGAGCGAAUCGCUUAGCUUGAUCGCCAAUUACACCAAGAACAAGAGCUUUUGAUCUGUGUGUGAACUCGUCUUUGAGUCGGAGUAGUCCCUGAGAGGAAGGGUUUGUGGAAUUCGCUCAAUCGGGAGUGAUCGGCCGGUGAAUUUUGUUGAUUGAAAGUCAACGAUUUUCCGAUGCCAGAGGAGGAUUUGGUGGACAUAAAAUUCCGGCUGUACGAUGGGUCCGACAUCGGACCGUUCCGAUACUCGUCGGCUUCCACCGUCGACAUGCUUAAGCAGAGGAUAGUCGCCGAUUGGCCUAAAGGCAAAACAAUCAUACCGAAAGGUGCAAAUGAAGUGAAACUGAUUAGUUCUGGUAAAAUUUUGGAAAACAACAAGACUGUUGGUCAGUGUAAAUUGCCCUUUGGUGAUACUGCUGGGGGAGGAGUUAUCAUAAUGCAUGUUGUUGUACAGCCGUCUCCGGCAAAAACUAAACCGGAAAAGAAGAUCGACGAUACGCCGAGGAAAGUUGUUUGUUCGUGUUCCAUAUUGUGAAAGAAAAAUGUUGUAGGCUCAGAGUCUCCGUGUCAAGCUUUGGCGAUGGAAAUGGAAUAAGUUUGUGCGGCAUCCAUGUGUACAAGUGCAAGCUGGUGAUGAUACGUCUAUGGAAAGUCACUUGUUCUUAAUGACUCUUACAGAUUAUUUUGUCUACCGGUGCUAUAUUAAUUUUCACCAUAUUUGUUUGCUUUCUCUCCUUUCCUCUUGUUUCUUUCUUGGCGUUUGGUCUUUUUUCUGUUCCUAUAGAUGUCACAUGAAUGUUCUGUCAAGCAAGCUGUAUAGAGCUCUUUAUUGUAAAGAUCCACAUUCAAAAUCAAGGAGAAAUGAUGGAUUCAAUUUGGUUUGUUGUAUUAUAUAUGUACUAGUGCGAAAUAAAUUCAAUAGUAUGGCACUGAAGGAUUAAAUUUUUCUUAA